UUCCUCAAUGGCCGCUCCAGAUUCCUCACCGCUGGGAAAACAGCUCACUUGUUCGAUCUGUUUAGAUUUCUUCAAAUCUCCAAUAACGUUAACCUCUUGUGGACAUAACUUUUGUAAAGGAUGCCUUGAACACUUCUGGGACAUGAUCCACAUCCAUAGCUGCCCACAAUGCAAGGGAAUAUUUGAUCCAGGUCUGCCUCUGCAGGAGAAUGUCGAUUUGAAUGGACUGGUGGAAAAAUGGAAAGAAGGUUUGACUGAAUCUGAAGAGCUUGAAUGCAAAGUUGGACAAGAAACUGAGGUGCUGGAACAAAGCUGUCAGUCUGAACCAAAGGCUAAAUCAGAAAUAGGUAAGGAAUGCAAGCAAGAGCUAACUUGUAAACCAGUAGACACUGAGCGUAAGACCACAAUUGAAAAUGAACAAAAUGAUGACAUUGUCACAGAUCCCGAUGAAGUGGCUUGUGACUCCUGCAUUGAUAAGAAGUUAAAAGCUGUAAAGUCCUGUCUGACCUGCAUGGUGUCCUACUGUGGAAGUCACCUGAGACCUCACCUUGAAAAUACAGCGUUUAAAAAUCACAAACUGAUUCACCCGAUGAAAAACAUUGAACAGGGAAAAUGUUGUCUGCAUGAGCAGUAUCUAGAGUUCUUCUGUAAAAAUGAUCAGUGCUGCAUCUGUAUGGAGUGCACAGUGGAGAAACACGUAAAUCACGAGAUAAUCUCUGUGGCAAGGGCGACAACUGAAAAGGAGAGCGAACUUCGGGAAACCAAAAUCAAUGUUGACAAGAAAAUUAAAGCAGUGGACACUGCUAUCAAGAAGCUACAGAGCAACAUUUCCUGCAUCUUUAACUCGGUAUCAGAGGUGAAAUCCAAUGUUGAAAAGCAGUUCAAGGACCUCAUGGAGGCUGUUCAAAUUGCACAGAGAGAGGUGCUUGGUUUUCUGGACGAUAGUGAACAAAAGUCACUGAAGCAGGCCAGUGGGAUCCGCGCUCAUCUGGAAAACAAUAGCAUACAGCUGAAAAAGACCAAGCAAGAAGUAGAAGCCCUGAUUAAAUUGAAGAAUAGGGUGCAGUUUUUACAGGAAUUCUGUGAAUGGAACAAAAGCAGACCGGAUGAUAUGCUGCCCAGUGUGUACAUUGGAUUGAUAGACAAGCUUUCUGGAAUUAGUGCAGCUGUUUCAGAAUCGACAGAAAAUAUUAAACAAUUGCUGCAGACUUCCUAUAAGGAGAAGUUGAAUGCACAUUCAAAAGAAGUGCAAUUAGGAUUUAAGACAACAGUGGCUGUGAUUUGUGCUUUAAAACAUGCCCGACGAGAAAAGCAACCAAAGACAAGGAAUGAAUUUCUGAAAUAUGCUGCCACUUUGGCAUUUGACCUGAAUACAGCCCACAGAUAUCUCCGCUUCAUCAAUGACAAUCGCAAGGUUUCCAACACUUCACCCUGGCUUCAGCCAUACCCGGAUCACCCCAAGAGGUUUGAACAUUGGCGGCAAGUGCUGUGCACAGAAAGUUUUUAUAUGGGCCGAUGUUACUGGGAAGUGGAGAUCAGUGGAGAGGGGACCCAUGUUGGCAUGACUUACAAAAGCAUUGAUAGAAAAGGGGACAAUAGUAGUGGCUGCAUCACAGGGAAUGAUUUCUCCUGGUGUAUCCAGUGGACAGGUAAAGAGUUCUUAGUCUGGCAUGGUGAUGUGGAAAUGCCAGGGAACAAUGAGAAGUUCAGCAGGAUAGGAGUGUACUUAGAUUAUCAAAACAACAUCCUAUCGUUUUACGGUGUUGAUGACGCUAUGACCUUGAUACACAAGUUUGAAUCUUCAUUCACAGAACCAUUAUGUCCUGCAUUUUAUCUUGCGAAAAAGGAAGCAUCAGUUUCUCUGCUUUUAUUUGAUGUGGAACCUGCAGAGAAUACAAAAGCUGUGUAGAAUCAACUUUGCGGCUGUAUUUAAUGGUGCAGUAUUCUCCCUCAUAGCCUUACACAUUGAGCUCAGUUUCACAUCACACACCAUAAGGUCACAUUGACCUCACGAGAGUAGUUCAAAGAAGAAAAGGUCAGCAAAAUGGAGUUUUGUAGCAGUUAAGCAAUUGAGGUGAAAAUAUUAUUUUAUAAGUGUCAUCUCUCUAAAAUCAAUUCCACCUUGUUGAUUAAAUUACUGAACAUAAUAACACAAGGAACAGAUACAGGUCAUGCAACUCCUCAAGCCUCCUCUAUAACAACUUGUGUAUUCAGGGUUUCUGUCUCCCAACUUUCCAGAUUUUCAUUUUCUCUUAUUUUCAAAGUGUCUGCUGUGUUUUGUCUUUUCAUUUGUUGUGUCACCAAUAUUUUGCAACAACUGCGACAGUCCCCAGACAUCAUAAAAAUAUAGCUGAUUCCUUCUAUUAAGGUGUAAUAUCAUUCUUUUAAAUGUGAGAAAAAAUAAAGCACUAAAUCUAUUUUGCUUCCCAUUUAUUUCUUCCUAUGUUGCUCUUGGAUCAGGGUCCAGAGAUUGUUCCUUCACUCAGGAGUUAAAGUUUAGCUAUGUCCAGGUGGAUGAAGGGAUGGUGUAUAUGUGGUUGGUAACAACUCUUACAUUUGUGAUGACACAUCAGGACGGUCUGGGUAUACAGAAAAUUGAUACUUCAUGUAGAUGAAAAUAAGGAUCUUUCAGAAUCAUGUUUACAGGAGAUUUGGAUUUGGCAGAUGUAGCUGUCAGCUUACGAUGUUGUUUGUUGUACUCUGUUCUGAUGCUAAUAGUAGACCGAGACAAGACUUUGGGAAUUAAUAACUAAACCUCUUCCCAAAACUGGAGGAGUUUUGGUCAUGUGACAUUGCCCACACACAUGUCAGUUAGUUUAAUCAGGCAUAAGAGAUAACAAGGUGUAGAGCUGGAUGAGCACAGCAGGCCAAGCAGUAUCAUUUCUGAAGAAGGGUCUAGGCCCGAAAUGUCAGCCUUCCUGCUCCUCUGAUGCUGCUUGGCCUGCUGUGUUCAUCCAGCUUAACACGUUGUUAUCUCAGAUUCUCCAGCAUCUCCAGUUCCUACUAUCUCUGAAACAGUUUAAUCAGGCAAAUUUGUACGCCUCUGUUUAAAGUCCAUCAUUCACUCCAGGGCUUAGCUGUGGGCUGUUAGCAUCUCUGCAGGCAUAAUGAAUAUUGAUUAGGUCUCUUUGCUAGAAGGCUUUUAAAAAGUGUCAAAGAAAACCAUGAAACAUUGCUAUGGUAUUUUCCCAGAUGACCAUCCUGAUACCUUGAGGUAUUUGCUGCAUCUACCAGUACGUGGUACUGGGCCAGAUUUUUUCAGGGAAUUCCAUGUCACUAAUCCUUCAACAUAUUUACCUUGUCUUGGAGCAAUUUGAUUACUAGUGGUAGUAGAAUCUAUACAGAAGAGACACUGUUCUUAAAUAAUAAGGAGGCUUACUGCAUGAUUGUAAUAAGUGCAAUGGAAUUUGGUCAGGAUUAGCUACUAGGACCUGAGGCAGCUAGUACAGGUAUAUCUGCUCUCUCCAAAAGAUAGAGUAGAACUUCCUGUCACCACCCACAGAUUGUGUGCAACAUCCGUGGAAUGGAUAGAGCCAACUGAACAUGAACAUUCACCUCUUCAGCAACAGUCACUUAUACAACAGGCACCCGAUACAUUCUUUAACCAGUGAACAUAAUUGACCUUGACAGCCAGAAUAACCAGAUGACGCAACAUGUUUAAACCCUGCUGCAUUUGAUAGCAGAGUCACAGGGUAUUUCAAUAUCAUUUUCAAUUGAUGCACGCAUAAAAUGAUUGUACCACAUUUGUAUAGUGGAAGAAAGUGUUGCUA